CUAUUAAGAAAAAAAAAAAGUCCAAAGCAAGACAAGAUAAGACAAGAUUUAAUAAGAACGUUGCAGAACACUCUCGUUAGACCCAAUCAAUUGGUUCUCUCCCUCCUUCCUUCCUUUUUUUUCCCUUUUCUUUUGCUUUCUUUCUUUCUCUAUUAUUUAUUUAUUUAUAUAUUAUUUAUAUAUUAUAUAUAUCUUUAAACAAUUAAAGAAAGAAAGCAUUUUGUGUAAAGGAAUCUCUUUUAAUGGUACUCGAUUGGGUGGAUCGCACGAUUCCUCAGAAAAAACGGUGGAUCCUGUCUGUCUGUCUUGGCCAAGUUCUCUCAUUGUGCAUCACUGCCACAAGUUCAGCUUCAUCAGCAUUAUGGCAGCAUCAUUCUGUCAGCAUUCCAUUCACACAAAACUUUUGUAAUUAUCUUUUACUGGCUAUUGUCUAUGGUGUUUUCAAAACGUCAAUUAAACGAGACCAAGACCAAGACCGAGAACGAGACCAGGAACAUGGACAUGAGAAUGAAGAUGAACAUGAACAUGAACAUGAACAUGAACAUGAACUAGAGCAGCACUCGGUGGGAGGCUGGAAAUUCCUUGGAUACUCAUUUGCAGAUGUUCAAGCCAAUGUUCUGGCAGUAUUGGCUUUUAAAAGUACAUCAGUAUUGUCUGCCCUUAUUCUAUCAUCAUGGACACUUCCUUGUAUCAUGUUGCUGUCUAUAGCAUUUCUGGGUGCUCGUUACAAUUUGACCCACUUUGCAGGAGUUUUUCUUUGCCUGGCUGGGUUGGGGAUGCUGAUUUGGUCAGAUGUGGCAGGUCAGCAAGGAUCCACAGAUAAUCACAGCUGGAUAGGGGAUAUUGUGUGCCUGUUAAGUGCCACACUUUAUGCCGUUAGCAAUGUAACCGAAGAGUAUCUUGUGGUGCAUUAUCCAGCUCAGGAGUUCCUCAGUAGAGCUGGUUUUUGGGGUUCAAUUAUCUGUGGAUUUCAAGCAUUUUAUUAUGAGCACGAAAAAUUGGUUUCUAUUGAGUGGACUUGGACAAUAGCUGGUCUUGUUGGAGUCUAUGUGUUUUGCCUGUUCAGCAUGUACUCGCUUGCUCCUACUCUUUAUCGUCUUUCGAGUGCAACUUUUAUGAGCAUGAGUUUAAUGACAAGUAACUUUUAUUCUCUGGUGGCAGGUCUUGUAUUUUUAGGUGCAAAGAUGCCAUCGUUUUAUCCACUAGCCUAUGCUCUUGUGCUUUGUGGAGUAACGACCUAUAACAUGUCACCGUAUAUAUCUAGUGAUUCGGUUCUAGAAGAGCAGAUCAUUAAGACAUCUGGAGGAUCAUACAGAUCUAUUUCACCGUCUGAAUCUGUUUAAUGAUUAAAUUAAUAUACAUAUAUCUCUUUUCUUUUCUUUUUUUUUGUUUUUGUUUUCUAGAAUUUAAUAUAAUUUUCAAUAUAUAAAGACAUUUUAUAAU